CCCGAAAGCUUCUUCUCCGCCUCCCCAAUCAGGAAACGCUCGUGGACUUCAGAACGGCGACGCCGGCGAGUGGAAGCAGCUGUACGCACCCCAUUGCUCUCACAGAUUAGUAACGUUUAAAAUCGCUGGUGACGAAUUGAUCACCGGCGCCGGCGAAGAUGCCGACGGGGCAACAGCUGAUCCAAUACCCGGUGCCGAGUUACCCUCCGCCGGAAUCGGAGGAUGAGGAGUCGUGGGUGUGGACGCAGAUUAAAGCGGAGGCCCGGCGAGACGCGGAGUCGGAGCCAGCUCUCGCGAGUUACCUCUACUCGACGGUUCUCUCCCAUCCUUCCCUAGCUCGUUCCUUAUCAUUCCACCUCGCGAACAAGCUCUGUUCGUCCACGCUUCUCUCCACCCUCCUCUACGACCUCUUUCUCAACUCCCUUUCCUCAUCCCCGACCCUCCGCUCCGCCAUCGUCGCCGAUCUCCUCGCUGCCCUCCAUCGCGACCCGGCCUGCGUUUCCUUCUCCCACUGCCUGCUCAACUACAAGGGGUUCCUCGCCGUCCAGGCCCAUCGGAUCGCCCACCUUCUCUGGGCUCAAGACCGACGCCCCCUCGCCCUAGCUCUCCACUCACGCGUUGCUGAUGUUUUCGCUGUCGAUAUCCACCCAGCUGCCCGAAUUGGCAAGGGCAUCCUUCUCGACCAUGCUACUGGCGUCGUCAUUGGCGAGACCGCUGUUGUCGGUAACAACGUUUCUAUCCUACACCACGUUACUCUUGGGGGUACUGGAAAGGUCGGGGGCGACCGCCACCCCAAGAUCGGCGAUGGCGUUCUUAUUGGUGCUGGAGCGACCAUUUUGGGGAAUAUCAUGAUCGGGGAAGGGGCUAAGAUUGGGGCUGGAUCAGUCGUGCUCAUUGAUGUACCGCCCAGGACAACCGCUGUUGGUAAUCCUGCCAGGCUCAUUGGCGGGAAGGAGAAACCAGCCCGGCAUGAGGACGUCCCCGGAGAAUCCAUGGAUCACACCUCUUUCAUCAACGAGUGGUCAGAUUACAUCAUCUAAGGAUUCUGUUUUCGCAUUCAUAUACAGGCAUCCCCUUUUUUCUACUUCAACUAUUUAAAAUUGUCUGUCCUUUAUUUAUCGGCAGCCGAGUGUUUAAUCUGUUGCAGGGAUGCAUACAUUUGUGCUUUUUUUACAAAAUCUUGCAUCUUUUUCACUUGAUUAGGAGAAUUUAAUGACGAUUGAAUAGUCUGGUAGCUGUAUCCAUGUGUCUUUAGGGCAGCCUGAAUUUUCAACUUACAGGAAAGAUUGAAGAGAUCAUUUUUGUUUGCCAUUACUUAAAUAUUUUUCCUUAAGCUAAAAACUUUUAUAUACCUUCUUGGGUAUGGUUGAAUGGAAAGCUUUGGUUUUCGGAUUUU